AUGUCUGCCACCACCGCCGUCCCCACCGGGGGCGUCACCGCUCAAGACGACUACCGCCUCCCCACCGACGUCCACCCCAAACACUACGACUUGGUCGUCAAGACCGACCUCCUCUCCUCCCCUCCUACCUUCUCUGGUGAGCUCAUCGUCACUCUUGAUGUUGAAGAAAACACUUCGGCGCUGGUGUUUCACCUCGACAAGGAGCUUGCCGUCACGCACAUUGCCAUCUCGACGUCUGAUUUGAAGACGACGGCGUCUUUGGUGAUCCCCAAGGAACAGCUCAAGAUUGAUGAGGAGAAGGAGAGGGGGACGGUGCCGCUUGACAUGUUGCCUGGGGGCGGUUUGAAGCAGGGGCAGAAGGAUGUCAAGGUGUUCUUCAAAUUCGAGUCUGAGUUGAAGAGUGCCAUGCACGGGUACUACAGGAGCGAAGGCGAUGCGGAUGAGGAUGGAAAGAAGCCCAUCUACGGUUUGACUCAAUUCGAGGCUACUGCUGCACGAAAGGCUUUCCCAUGCUGGGACGAGCCCCUGAUCAAGUCCAAAUUCACCCUCUCCAUGAUCUCCCGCAACGGCAACACCAACCUCUCCAACAUGCCCGAGAUCUCCUCCAAGCCCUGGAAGGCCCCCUCCAACGCUUCCAUCGACAAUACGGAGGGCAAGACCGAGACGUCUGGAAGCUCUGACGAGUGGAAGAUUAGCAAGUUUGAGACUUCUCCCCUCAUGAGUACAUACCUCGUCGCCUACGCUUCGGGUGACUUUGCGCAUCUCGAGAGCGAGCACAAGUCCAAGCUCACCGGCAAGACUGUGCCCCUAAAGAUCUUUGCUACCAAGGACCAAAUCAAGCAGGCCCAAUUCGCGCUCGACAUUAAAAAGUGGGCGUUGCCGGUUUAUGAAGAGAUCUUUGAUAUUCCCUACCCUUUGCCCAAGCUUGAUACGCUUGUGGCGCACGACUUUGAUGCUGGUGCGAUGGAGAAUUGGGGUUUGAUUACUGGACGAACUACUGCCUACUUGUUUGACCCUAAAAAGUCGCCCCUUUCCGCCAAGAAGAGGGUUGCUGUGGUGCAGUGCCACGAGCUUGCUCAUAUGUGGUUUGGUGAUAUCGUCACCAUGGAGUGGUGGAGUCAACUCUGGUUGAACGAGGCGUUCGCCACCCUCAUGGGCGAGCUGAUCAUCCUCGAGCGAGUGUGGCCGGAAUGGAAGCCUCGUGCCGAGUUCCUCAAGACCCACUUGCAGAGCGCGCUCGAGCUCGACUCUCAGCGCUCCAGUCACCCCAUCGAGGUCGACUGCCCCGACUCCAACCAAAUCGCUCAGAUUUUCGACUCCAUCUCCUACUCCAAGGGCGCCAGUGUCUUGCGAAUGCUUGCAGGUGUCGUCGGAGAGGAAAAGUUCUUGAAGGGUGUCUCCAUCUACCUCAAGAAGCACCUUUACGGUAACGCCGUCACCAAGGACUUGUGGGAUGGUAUCUCUGAGGCCUCUGGACUCGACGUUGCCAAGAUUAUGGCGAACUGGACAUUGAAGGUCGGUUUCCCCGUGAUCCAGGUUGACGAGUCUGCCGAGGGCAAGGUCACCGUCACCCAGAACCGAUUCCUCUCCACUGGCGACGUCAAGCCCGAAGAUGACGAGACCCUCUGGUACGUCCCUCUCGAGAUCGCCACCCUCGACAAGUCUGGCAAGGUCUCUGUCGACCACAAGGCCAUCUUGCAAGACCGUACCGGCACGUUCGACGUCGCCAACACCGACUCUUUCAAGCUCAACGCUUCUACCAUCGGUGUCUACCGCGUCGCCUACUCUCCUGCGCGUCUCGUCAAGCUCGGUCAGCAGGCUUCCAGCUUUACUAUCGAGGACCGGGUCGGUCUCGUGUCUGACGCUGCUACCCUCGCCCGUGCGGGUUACGGCAAGACCAGCGGUGCCCUCUCGCUCAUCAACGAGCUCGGCCGAGACGAGACCGAGUUCUUGCCCUGGUCUCAGAUCGGUGCUGCCCUCAGCAGGGUCGUCGGGGCUUGGUGGGAACAGCCCGAGGACGUGCGCAAGGCCGUCAACAAGCUCAGGGUCAAGCUCUUCAAGCCUUUGGGCGACAAGCUUGGGUUUGAGAAUGCCGAGGACGAUGCGCCGGACGUCAAGGAGUUGCGAGAGCUCGCCAUCUCUACCUUGGCUGCUGCUGAGGAUGAGGGCACGCUGAAGGAGAUCAAGGAGCGAUUCCAGCCCUUCCUUGAGAAGAAUGACGACUCUCGUAUUCCUCCUGAUCUCCAGAGGUCCAUCUUUAUCAACGUCAUUCAGCACGGUGGCAAGGCCGAGUACGAAAAGAUCUUGGAUGUCUACAGGAAGCCCGCCAACCCUUCAAGCAAGGUCGAUGCGUUGUACGCGCUCUGUAGUGCUAGGGACGAGGCUUUGAUCGAGCGAACCUUUGCUAUGCUCAAGACCGAGGUCAAGGACCAGGAUCUUUACAUUGGCUUCUUCGGUCUCGGUGCCAACAGGUACACUAGGCACAAACUUGCUCAGUACUUUAAGGACGAGUACGACACUCUUAUGAAGCGAUACCCCGACGGCUACGGACUCGUGUACCUCGUCAAGGGCGCCUUCGCUUCCCUCACGAGCAAGGAGGACCUCGAGGCGACCAAGAAGUUCUUUGACACAAAGGACAUCAGCAAGUACAAGCUCGCCGUUGCUCAAACCUACGACUCUAUCACUGCUGCUAGCAACUGGGUUGAGAGAGAUGUCAAGGAUGUCGAGGCUUGGUUGAAGGAGAACAAGUACCUUUAG